ACAUGACUUCGUCUGCUAAAACUUUUUUGCUCAGGUAAAAGGAGAUAAAAUGAAGCGUUUAAAAAUGUGUUUUAAAGUAAUAAUCUUAAGUUUAGCUAUUAUUGUUGUCAAAUCUGACAUUGAUAUGACUGAGCCAUGUAGGUAUGCUGUAGCCGUCGGAAUCGAAAAGGAAUAUAUCCCAGAUAGAAAUAUGUGGUCAACAUCUUCCACAAAUAUUGCCAGAGAUGCUCGGUACGGUCGCCUAAAUGGAUAUAAAGGGGGCGGUGCUUGGACUGCUGGAGAACCGAACAAACUGCAGCAUCUCGGAAUAGAUUUGGGAUAUCGACAUGUUGUGACAAGGGUUGCGACCCAAGGCCGUCGAGGUUCUGGAGAAUUCGUAACAGAGUACCACCUGCAAUAUUCAAGCGAUAAUAAAACGUGGAGUGAUUAUACUAACAAGUACGGCACACCUUUCUCUUUUGAUGGAAAUUUGGAUGACGAUACAGUUAAAUAUAACAAGUUAAGUUAUCCUCUCGUAGCCAGAUAUAUUCGUUUCAAUCCGCAAAGAUGGAAUCAAUUUUUAUCAAUGAGAGUUGAAGUAUAUGGAUGUAGAUUUGAUGGUGAAGCAGGAAGUUUUGAUGGUAAAACAAGAAUAACUUACGACAUUUCUGGUCAAACACAAUAUGUUCAAACGAAAAGCGAUCGACUGAAACUUCGUUUCAGAACUUUACAUUCCGAUGGUCUUAUAUUUUACGCUGAUGGUAAUCAAGGCGAUUACGUAAUUUUAGAGCUCGUAAGGGGACGAUUACACUUUCAUAUCGAUUUGGGAUCUACAGCUACUCAAAGUGGCGUAACAAGCAUGAGAGCCGGAUCACUCUUGGAUGAUAAUCAAUGGCAUGAUGUUGAAAUUAGCCGUAUGAACAGAGAAGUUAACUUCACCGUUGACAGAUUGACAAUACAGAAUAUAACAAAUGGAGAAUUUUUACAACUUGACUUGGAUAGAUCGAUUAAUUUGGGAGGUAUUGAUUCCUUUCUUCAACCUGGAAAAGUAUUGUACAGCAAGAAAAACUUUACUGGUUGUAUGGAAAAUGUUUGGUUUAAUUAUAUGAAUAUGAUAAAGGAUAUGAGAAUGGGCCAAAAACGAUUUCAAGCCAUUGGAGACAUUAGCUUAGGAACGUGUCUGGUUGAAAGUAUAGUACCGUUUACUUUUCCAACUGUAGAAUCUCAUUUAAAAUUAUCAGCUGGAGCCUCUGAUAACAAGUUGAGAAUGCAAGUUGGUUUCUCUUUCAGGUCCUAUAAUAAGAAUGGACUGCUAUUUGCUACUAAAUUAGAUUCUGGUGGCUAUGUUGUUAUGAGGAUUGAUAGUGAGGGAUAUCUUGAGUAUAGAGUUAAAUCUGAUAGCAAUCCGGAAAUAUCAAGCGUAAUCGCAAACUUAGAUCCUUUAACUAGUCAUCGUUAUUUUACUGACGGUCUUUGGCACGAUGUCAUAGUUGAUAUUCUAUCAGCUCCAUCCAGUUCAGAACUUGGUAAAGUCAAUAUCACUAUUGAUGGAAGAUCUGAUUCUUCUGAAAGACAACUAUCUUUCACCACUGACGAUACAUAUUAUAUUGGAGGUGGAGCUGAAGAUAGCAACUUGAACUUGGAUUAUACUGGUUUUCUAGGUUGUAUGAGGUUUUUAAGAAUUCAGGGAGCUAUUGUUACUAAUAUACCUGAAGAGAGGAUUUUCGAAGCAAUUAAUGGUUCUUGCAGUCUUCAAGAUAGAUGUGAUCCCAACCCAUGUGAGCAUAACGGUAUUUGUACCCAAGACUACAAUAUGUUUGAUUGUGACUGUUCUGCAACUGGCUAUGAGGGUUCUGUAUGCCAUAGAUCAAAAUAUUUAGUAAGCUGUGAAGAAGUUCGUCUUUUAAAUCCUACUAUUCCUGAUUUAGAUACUAAAAUUGAUAUUGAUGGUUCUGGUCCUCUCUCACCAAUUUCAGUAACAUGUGUUUUUGAACAUAGUCGAAAUCUUGCCAUGACUAUAAUAUAUCACGAUAACAUGGGCGAGCACUUGGUUGAUGGCUUUGAUUCACCAGGAUCAUUUGUUCAAAGAAUAAGAUACUCUGAUCGUAAUGAUCCAACUAAGUUUCCAGUUGCUCGUGAAGUAUUUGAUGAAUUAGUCGCUAGAGCUGACAGAUGCGAACAGAAUAUUAAGUGGAGGUGUAAGAGAGCGAAGCUAUUGACCAACUCUGGUUCAACAGAUCCAAAUAUUCCAACCUUUGGUUGGUGGAUUGGAAGGACAAACUUGAAUAUGAACUACUGGGGAGGAGCUUCGCCUGGAAGUGGUAAAUGUAAGUGUGGUAUUGAUAAUAAUUGCAGAAACAACAAUCCAAAAUGCAAUUGUGAUGCUGAUGAUAGUACUGUAGAAACGGAUGAAGGUUUCCUAACUCAAAAAGAGCAUUUGCCCGUUAUGGAAGUAAGAUUUGGAGGUACUGGAAUGGUAAACGAUGGAACAUGGGGAAAAUAUCAAGUUGGCGAACUCCGAUGUUAUGGAGAUAAUAUUUUCGAUAACACUGUCACAUUUAGGAAAGCCGACGCAACCGUUGAAUUUGAUACUUUUGAUGCUGCUACAUCCGGCGAUAUUCGCUUCCAGUUUAAGACAACAGCUUUUGACGGUAUUCUCAUUCACAACACCGGACCUCAUCACUUCAUAGAAAUCAAAUUGUUCUUCGGAAACUCGAUUCAUUUCCGAUUCGAUGUUGGAAAUGGAAUUCAAACCUUGGAAAAGACUACAGCCUAUCCACUUAAUGAUAACCAAUGGCAUACAGUUCACGUUGAAAGAAACCGUAAACAAGCAGUUCUUAGAAUUGAUCAACAAUCAUUAAAAACUCUAGAUGAGCCGACAGAUCAGGGCUUUAAAACUUUAGAGUUGGAUUCUAAGCUCGUUGUUGGAGCUUCGGUAGAUUACAGAGAUGGUUUUGUUGGCUGUAUUAGGGCUUUAAUGGUAAAUGGAAAAGUAAUGGACAUGAGAGGAGCCGUUGAAAGAGGAGAAUUUACAUAUGGUGUAGCAGCUGGCUGCCAUCCAAAAUGCGCUUCAAGUCCCUGCUUGAAUGAGGGCGUUUGCAAGGAAUUCUAUUCCCACUAUACAUGCGAUUGUGCCUAUACCCCAUAUCGAGGAUGGGCGUGCGGAAGAGAAGUGGGUGUCAAUUUACGUAACAGUUGGUGGGUUCGAUAUCAAUUUGAUACGGAAGCUGGUAAUAUUGCGACUGAUGAAGAACAAAUUAUUAUUGGAUUUUCUACCCAAGAUAAGAAAGGAAUUCUCAUGCAGAUUACAAAUGGUAAUAAAGACAAACCAGAAUAUAUCAGUGUUGAAAUGAACAACAACGGAGGUAUUCAAGUUGGUAUCGAAGUUGGCUUUGGUCCAAGAGAAAACGUGAAUUUGGAUAUACCCGAUGUUGAUUUAGCCAAUGGCCAGCAACACGUCGUUAACGUCAGAAGAACAAAUAAAGGACGUAAAUUAAUCAUAAAGGUAGAUGAUUACCAAGCAAAAACCCAUGAAUGGACAGAUCUUACUCCUGAUGCUGAUACAAGAUUGCAUAAUCCUAAAUAUAUUUGGUUUGGUAGAACAAGCGACAUGAAGUCAACAGACGGCUUGCAAGGUUGUCUGUUCAGAGCAAGAUUUGACAAUGUUUUCCCUUUUAAAGACCUCUUCCAAGACCCAGCACCAAACAAUGUCGUUGUUUUUCCAGAAGGCCAAGUUAGAGAAGAUAUGUGCGGUUUUGAAGAAGUUACCCAUAAACCAGACGAUCCAGAAUUUAGGCCUACUCCAACAAUUAAUUAUAAUACAACAACAUCGUUUUAUAUAAAUGUCGAGCCGGCUGAAUUGUCCGACAGUGAAAAAGCGAUUUUAGGAGGUAGUAUAAAAGAGGAUGCUUGUGGGAUUGAGGAGGUAACACAUCCUCCCGAUCCGAAAGAGAUCAGGCAUAGCCGAGUAACAAUGUCAAGUUUUACACCUACUCCUACUAGCAAACUUGAUUUAUUACAUACCGAACUAAGCGAUAGCGAAAAAGCUGUUUUAGCUGGCAUUUUGGGAGGAGUAUUAUUACUAAUCAUUAUUAUCAUCUUCCUCACGUGCCGUUACUUCUCCAAGAAUAAGGGAGAAUACUUGACAAAUGAAGCUAAGGGUGCUGAAAAUUUUGAUGAUGCAAAUUACGCCCUUGUACAAACACAAACUGGACAACCCGAUGUAUCACAGAAAGAAGAAUUUUUGUGUUAG